AAGCCCUGAGUGGAUCAACAAGUAGCCUGCAUCUGCCAGCUGUUACCUGUCGGUGCAAAAGUCUGUGCUUCUGAAAUUAGGCAGUAAGGGACAUGGAGAGCGAACAGUGAAACAAGAGAGAUGGGCCUGAUUCCAAUGCAACAGCAAGGAUUCCCUAUGGUCUCUGUCAUGCAACCCAAUAUGCAAGGCAUGAUGGGAAUGAAUUACAGCUCUCAGAUGUCCCAAGGACCCAUGGCAAUGCAGGCAGGAAUACCAAUGGGGCCAAUGCCAGCAGCGGGUGUGCCUUUCCUGGGUCAGCCACCUUUCUUGAGCAUGCGUCCUGCAGGCCCACAGUACACUCCAGACAUGCAGAAGCAGUUUGCGGAAGAGCAACAAAAACGAUUUGAACAACAACAAAAGCUCUUAGAAGAAGAAAGAAAAAGACGUCAGUUUGAAGAGCAAAAGCAAAAGCUCAGACUUCUCAGUAGCGUGAAGCCCAAGACAGGAGAGAAGAACAGAGAUGACGCUUUGGAAGCCAUAAAAGGAAACUUGGAUGGGUUUUCCAGAGAUGCUAAGAUGCACCCCACUCCAGCAUCACAUCCAAAGAAACAAGACUGCCCCACAUCAUCUCAUUCUACUAAAACUGUCUCCCCAUCAUCUGCCUUUCUCGGCGAAGAUGAGUUCAGUGGCUUUGUGCAGGGGCCUGUUGAACUUCCCACUUGUGGGCCUUCUUCCACAGCCCCGCCCUUUCAGUCUUUCCUUCCCGGCACCCCACUCGGCCAGUUACACACACAGAAGGCUGGGGCGCAGCCUCUGCCUCCAGCUCAGGCUCCAGUGUCUUUUGCAGUACAUGGCGUCCAUGGGCAGAUUCCUUGUUUAUCUGCUGCUUCAGCUUCCCACAGUGUGCAGAAAGCAGGCCCUUCCUUGGAAGAGAAGCUCCUAAUAUCUUGUGAUAUAAUUGCAUCUGGGCAGGAACACAUUAAAUUAAACACUCCUGACGCUGGGCACAAAGCCAUAGUCCCAGGUUCCAGUAAGAACUGCCCCGGUUUAAUGGCCCAUAACAGGGGUGCUGUGGAUGGAUGUGUGAGUGGUCCCACCAGUGCAGAGGCAGAAAAGACUUCAGAUCAAACCCUGUCAAAGGAAGAGAGUGGUGUGGGCGUGUUUCCCUCCCAGGACCCUGCUCAGCCCAGAAUGCCUCCUUGGAUUUACAAUGAGAGUUUGGUUCCAGAUGCCUAUAAGAAAAUUUUAGAAACCACAAUGACUCCAACUGGAAUAGAUACUGCUAAACUUUAUCCCAUUCUGAUGUCAUCUGGACUUCCCAGGGAAACUCUCGGACAGAUAUGGGCCUUAGCUAAUCGAACUACACCUGGCAGGCUCACUAAGGAGGAGCUUUACACCGUUCUUGCCAUGGUAGCAGUAACACAGAGGGGUGUUCCUGCCAUGAGCCCUGAUGCUUUGAGCCAGUUCCCUGCGGCUCCCAUUCCUACCUUAAGUGGCUUUCCUAUGACUCUGCCUACCCCAGUGAGCCAGCCGACGGCGAUGCCCUCUGGCCCCACAAGCUCCAUGCCUCUCACCCUUGGACAGCCCAUCAUGGGUAUCAACCUUGUUGGACCAGUGGGUGGAGCUGCAGCGCCAACUUCCAGUGGCUUCAUGCCAGCCUACUCAUCAAACCAGGUGGGGAAGACAGAAGACGACGACUUCCAGGAGUUUCAAGAUGCUUCGAAAUCAGGAUCAAUCGAUGAGUCUUUCACUGACUUCCAAGAGAUGCCUGCUUCCUCAAAAACCAGUAAUUCUCAGCAUGGAAACAGUGCUCCAUCACUCUUGAUCCCAUUCCCUGGCACUAAAGCCUCCACAGACAAGUACGCAGUGUUCAAAGGGAUUUCCACCGACAAGCCCUCCGAAAACCCUGCUUCAUUUGGAGAGUCUGGUGAUAAAUACAGUGCUUUCAGGGAACUCGAGCAAACGACAGACAGUAAGCCUUUAGGAGAGAGCUUUGCUGAGUUCAGAUCCACAGGAACCGAUGAUGGCUUCACUGACUUCAAGACCGCCGAUAGUGUGUCACCCCUAGAGCCACCGACAAAAGACACUUUUCCAUCAGCUUUUGCCUCAGGAGCUGCACAGCAGACACAGACACAGGUGAAAACCCCUCUGAACUUAGAAGACCUAGAUAUGUUCUCCUCAGUGGAUUGCAGUGGUGAGAAACAGGUGCCCUUUUCCGCUGCAUUUAGCACUGCAAAGUCAGUUUCCACGCGACCUCAGCCAGCGGGCUCUGCAGCAGCCUCAGCAGCACUGGCAUCCACUAAAACUUCUAGUUUGGCAGAUGAUUUUGGAGAGUUCAACCUCUUUGGGGAAUAUUCGAACCCUGCAUCUGCUGGGGAGCAGGACGACUUUGCAGAUUUUAUGGCUUUCGGUAACAGCUCCAUUUCAUCUGAGCCAAAAGCAGGUGACAAGUAUGAAGCCCUCAGGGAGGAAGUGAGUCCCAGCCCCUUGCCCAGCUGCACUGUGGAGGGAGCACAGAACCCACCUGCUGUGGCAACCAAGUAUGAUGUCUUCAAACAGCUGUCCUUAGAGGGAGCUGGACUGGCCAUGGAGGAGUUCAAAGAGAGCACUUCUUCCACCAAGAGUGACGAUGACUUUGCCGACUUCCACUCCAGUAAAUUUUCAUCCACGAGCUCAGACAAAUCCCUGGGAGAGAAAGCCGUGGCUUUCAGACAUGCCAAAGAAGACUCCUCCUCAGUGAAGUCUUUAGACCUCCCCUCCAUCGGUGGCAGCAGUGUUGGCAAGGAGGACUCUGAAGAUGCACUUUCUGUUCAAUUUGACAUGAAAUUGGCUGAUGUGGGAGGAGAUCUUAAGCAUGUCAUGUCUGAUAGCUCUUUGGAUUUACCAACAGUUAGUGGCCAGCAUCCUCCUGCCGCAGCAGGAAGUGGGUCCUGUUCAGCCACCUCAAACCUUCAAUCGAAAGAGAUCUCAUUUGGCAGUUCUGAAAACAUCACCAUGUCAUCUCUCUCCAAAGGAUCAGCCUUGGCCAGUGAGGACGCUCUCCCAGAGACUGCCUUCCCGGCUUUUGCCAGCUUUAAAGACAUGAUGCCUCAGACCACUGAGCAGAAAGAGUAUGAAAGCGGGGACUUCCAGGAUUUCACAAGGCAGGACAUGCCCAUGGUGGACCGCAGCCAAGAAACCUCAUGUCCGAGCCCGGCUUCCAGUGUGGCCUCGCACGAGACCCCUAAGGAGGGUGCAGAUGACUUUGGAGAAUUCCAAAGUGAAAAGCCCAAAAUCAGCAAGUUUGACUUCUUAGUAGCUAAUUCACAGAGCAAAAUGAAAUCCAGUGAAGAAAUGAUCAAAAGUGAGCUGGCAACCUUUGACCUUUCUGUUCAAGGGUCACACAAGAGGAGCUUGAGCCUUGGGGAUAAAGAAAUAAGCCGGUCCUCUCCUUCCCCGGCCCUGGAGCAGCCCUUCAGAGACCGGUCCAACACUCUGAGCGAGAGGGCUGCGCUGCCCGUCAUCCGAGACAAGUACAAGGAUCUGACCGGCGAGGUGGAGGAAAAUGAGAGAUACGCGUAUGAGUGGCAGAGAUGCCUGGGAAGCGCCCUGGAUGUCAUUAAGAAAGCAAAUGACACCUUAAAUGGCAUUAGCAGCAGUGCUGUUUGCACAGAAGUUAUCCAGUCGGCUCAAGGCAUGGAAUAUCUUCUAGGUGUGGUGGAAGUGUACCGCGUAACCAAGCGUGUGGAGCUGGGGAUAAAAGCCACUGCUGUGUGUAGUGAGAAACUCCAGCAGUUGCUGAAGGACAUCGAUAAAGUGUGGAACAACUUAAUCGGCUUCAUGUCACUUGCCACACUCACACCAGAUGAGAAUUCUCUGGAUUUUUCCUCCUGUAUGUUACGGCCUGGGAUCAAAAACGCUCAGGAGUUGGCUUGUGGAGUGUGUCUCUUAAAUGUGGACUCGAGGAGCCGGAAAGAAGAGAUGCCUGCAGAAGAACAGCCUAAAAAAGCAUUCAACUCAGAGACGGACAGCUUCAAGCUGGCCUACGGAGGACACCAGUACCAUGCCAGCUGUGCCAACUUCUGGAUCAACUGUGUGGAACCCAAGCCCCCUGGCCUCCUCUUGCCGGAUCUGCUCUGAAAAGCUGCUCCAUGACGCUGAGUUUUGGUUGUUUCUGUCACAGGACUCAGGAUGACAGAAAUCAAUAAAUAGAAUGCAAGUACUGCAAAGUCCCCUGCCACUGGUCUCUUUGAAGCAUUCCCCAGGAGGUAGGGUCCCACCAGAAAACCUGCCAUGCUUCUGCCUGCCCCUCUUUGAGACUUGAGGUAGAUUACCAGACACCAGCUGCACGUGGCACCGGACACUUGCUUGUUUAUCUCCCCUGGUUUUGUUGUUGUUGAUGGCGACGUUGGUUUGGUUUUCCUUUUUAAGGAUAGGGCCUUGAUGCAUGCCCCUGGCUGACCUUGAGUUUGCAUCGGUCCUCUCAUGUCUGCCUCCCAAGUACUGGAACACAGGCAUGUGCCACCAUACCCUGUCACUCUUGUCCUCUUUAGAUAAUUUAAAAUGCAGACCAGAGUUUUCUGUGAGGAGUAAUCUGCUGCUGAAGUGUGUGUGGAAUGUUAACAAAAGAAGAAAAAUACGUGAUGCUAGGGCCGGAAUCCACAAGUUUGUGUCCAGCCGGCUCGCUUAUAUUGCCGUCAUCAUGGCUCUGGGAAGCAGAACACAUUUUUUUUCUGCAUUUAGCUUUUAAACACUUGAAGUGAAUUUUUAAAAAGGCUUGUGAUUAAACCGAUGCUCUGUCCUGGUAAGGAGAGCACUGCUGUCUCCACUGGACAGCGGCAGGCAAGGAGGGCACAUAGUCACCUCCUGUGGCACCUCACCUCUGAAGGAGGCCCUCCCUGCUGUGACAGGGCCCAGAGCCUGCAUCCAGGAUGCUCGUCCUUCUCCUUGGAGCCUUUGGUGAGAACCUGCUGCUUUGCCCCAACAUUAAGCAUGGCACAAAGCAUGGCGCUUUCCCACCAGGUAGCAGCGGUGAGCUGAAAUCUCCUCGUAGCCACCUCUCCACAAGCAGACUGCAGAGGAGCCAGCAAGGCUGGACUUGGCAGUACUUCAGGGGAGAUCUGAGAACGAACUCAGGGUGGGAAGGAGCUCGGGGCCCAGCACGGUGGUUCUCAGCCUUCCUAGUGCAGUUGUCAUACAGCUCCUCAUGUUGUGGUGGCCUCCAGCCAUAAAAUUAUUUUUGUUUCUACUUCAUAACUGUGUGCCAGUGUUAUGAAUCAGAAUGUAGAUAUCUGUUUUCCAAUGGUCUUAGGCAACCCCUGUGAAAGGGUCAUUAGACACCCUUACAGAUGUCAUGGAUACAGGCCUACAGGUGGAGAACCACUGGCCUACUGAGAGGGACAGUAAAGUGGUGGUGAGGUGUGUGUGUGUGUGUGUAUGUGUGUAUAUGUGUGUGUGUGUGUGUGUACACAUACACUUCAAAUGCAGCAAAGGAAAGUGGUUAGCAGGGCUGAAUUUUCAAAGGGAAAGGCUCACACUGGCAUAGGAAUUUGUCAGGUAAACAAGAUGCAUAAAACCAAGAGAGCAGGAGCUUAAGUGGUUAAAAGGGGUUGUUCCCAGGAGAAGCCAGGGAGUCUGAGAGAGCUGUUUCUCUGGCGUGUGGGUCUGGCCUUUGGGAAGACUCACUCUCUGGAUCUCACAUGCUCCCCUCAUCUGAUGUAGUUUUCAUUUGGAAGUCUAAAAUGUUGGGCUUUGUCUAUCUCACUCCUGCUUUUACAUAAUUCAUCAUCUCCCCUUCCGGAACAAAGCCGAGGGGUCUCUGUACCGUUCCUUCUUGUACCAUGCGUAUUUUCCCCACGCUAGGGAUCAUUUUCAGUUGUCGAUGCAGCUCUCCUUGGCCUUGCUGCCGCCCAGAAGGUAGGGUGAAGAGCUGGUGAGUCCAGUUACUCAUCUGUUCCAGGUGAUGUCACCUCCAGCUCCUGACACCCAGAAAGCUGUCGGCAUUGUGACCACAUGGCCUCCCCUUCCCCAGGGCUGGUGGAGUGUGGAGGGAGGCUGCUUUUCAGUGCCCUCUUGUAAUGGCCCCUAGUGUCUUUCCACGCCCCAGAGAAACAAGUAGGCCCUCCAGCCUGCUCUCUAGACAUUAGCAAUAGGAUUGACCUUAGCAUUAGCAAUGGUCCCAGUUUAGCCACAUUUACACCGCUGAAGCGUUUUCUAGAAAUGCUGUGUGAAGUAUUUUCUGCCCAGUGGCCUGUAUCCGUGACAUCUGUUGAAGUACCUGUGAGCUAGAUCGUCUCCGCUCCUAGUCAGUCACUCCUUGGGAGGUGCCAGAGGAAAAUCCAGUGGGCGUAGGCAAAAAAGCCUUUACCAUGAAAAUUAUUGACUAUUUAAUGCUUAAAAGGCUUAGUUAGAAUCCUUCCGCAGGGGUUAGGGGGAGUGUGCGACAUUAGCCGGCUGAUUUUCUUUGCACUCAUGUAUUAAAAUGACUCAUGUUGCAUUCAGCUGUACCUCAGCUCUUGUUAGCCAAGAGCCUAGUCCGUGUCCUUGGAAACAGUAACCAAGGUUACUGUUCUCCAUGCUGUGCAUUGUGUCGGGCAGCUUCACCCACAGCUUGAAUGGCGACUAAUGAGCACUUGGGUUUGGGUGCCGUGCCUCGCCUUCUGUUCUGUGGCUGGUGUGUGACCUGUGUGGCCAUGCCUGAGACAGAAGGGUCUCAAGGUGCCCGUGGAUAUCAUCUGAGCUUCCCUGUCUCAGUCUGCUAGUUAGCAUACCAUCUGGGAUACACAUUUUAAAUUAGUAUUUGGUGUUGCUAUAUGUAUUUUAGGUGUUUUGCUUGUUUUUAUUUUUGGUCUUAUUUCCUGUUUUUCUAUUUAUGUGUCAUCAAAAAGAUUUCUCAAACAGAAAUUGGAAAUGCUUGCUUUGCACUGGGGGCUGCUCUAAGGCUUCUAAGUACCUUCAAGGUCAAACACACUUUAACAGUUAACAAAUGAACUCUGACAUUUUCAGACAUUUGUCAUGAAGGAGCCGUUGAAGCCUGCUGUAGACAUUCCAGCAGAUGCCAGAAUGCAGGUCAAGAUGUGUGUAGCCUGUUGUUUGUCUAGAUUGGGUACCACUUCUGUGGAAAGGGCACACCAAAUGAUAUUGAAAAGCCCCCUCUUUUCCAAGUCCAGCCAAGAAAUAGGGCUUAUGUGAAACAGCUCAGUUUUAAAACAAACACAACAACA